GUUUUGGUUGUUUUCUUCUCUUCAGGACCACAAGCGACUGUGCUUCACCAGCUGGGAUUGAAAGCCACUUCUAACAACCAACAACAACAGGCACAGUCGCGAAAAAGGCAGAGGAGGAGAAAAGAAAAAACGAGAAGAAAAAUCGAUGGAUGUUUGGCCGGAGGCGGACAAAAUCUGUACCCGGAAAUUUGGAAGAGGGCCAAAUGGGACCUUUUUCCUGCUGGACGAAUUGAAAGAUGGGAGCCCAAAAAAAAAUGGAAAGAAAAAGAGAACACAAGGAAGACGACGAACAAUUGAGGAACCCGUGUCUAUUAUUGCGCGAGGCCGGCCUUCUAUCCCAUCGCUGUGAGUUGUGUCCGAUCGACGCAAAGAGCUUGUGGAUGUGAAUAUCCAUCUUCUUCCGAGCAACAGGUACUUGCUUUACGACUUGUUAAUUCGCUCGGACGGACUUCCUGGAGCUAGAAUUUCGGUAGCUCGCUCGAAUUGAAUACGAUCAAAGGUGUGUGCACACCAUUUUUUCAAAGGUUUCUUCCAGGAAAAAUUGGUUCUUUCAAGGAAAAUUUGGUAAUUUUUUUUUCAGGAAAAUUUUCUAUCUGUGACUCAGAGUUUUCUCCCUCGUUUCCGGGAGAGAAUUCAUGGUGGGGGACAAAUGGAGCGGCGGGGUGACCCGAAUUGUGGACGCCCCGGCCGCCAAGUUGUGGGAGCUAGCCUCGGAUUUUUGCGGGCUGUGCAAGUGGAUGCCCCUGAUCGAGGAGUGCCGGCGCAUCCAAGGCGAUGGCGACCGAGCUCCCGGCUGCGUGAGGCUCGUCGUCGGGACCUCCCUCCCGCGCCAAGACGGCCAAAAGUCCUGGAUCACGGAGAAGCUUGUGGCUAUGGAUCCCAGCGCUCGCUCGUUCACGUAUGUUCUCGAGGAUGGCAACAUCGAUCCACUGUCGAGCGGCUACAGUUCCACUUUCACGGUGUCGGCGAGCGAGCAGGACUCGGCAAAGUCGAGGGUGGAGUGGAGGUUUGAGAUCUCGCGCUGCGAGACGAAGAACUCACGCGAAAUUAUCGAGUUUAUGGAGGCUGUUUUCGCCAAGAACAUCGCCUCCCUUGUCCUUGCCGCGUCAGAGUUGCAAGAGAGCUAAAGUAAGAAGAAUAUAAUCAAUCAACUCUCUCUUUCUAAGCGAGCGAAAUCACAAAAAGAAUGGGUUGAAA